UCGUAUGUGGUAUUCUUUACUACGACGAUAAUAAGAUUCGAACUAAUAAAGAAUUAUAAUAUAACCAUUGGGGGCACAGCUACAUGCAUUCCAUUAUUGACAGACAUUGCUUCCAACAUGGAUAAAAUAAAACAUUGUACUAUGUUUUUCACCUUUGACCAAAAGAAUCCCAUCUCUAUGUCCAAUUUCAUUCAACCUUAGAUUCUACUACCACAUAAAAGAACCAAACUAGACAACUGUAACAACCAUUCAAAGUCAUAAUAAAAAAAAAUACUACUGUUGGGGGUUCUGUAGUAGUGGAGAAAGUGCCCUUUGGUCACUCCCUCCCACUCAAUCCAACUAACAACCAACACCAACGAAAAGAAAAACCCAGAAGCAGAAGAAGAAGAAGUGAGAACCCACCAACCACUGUUUUGUAAGUGUGCUCUUCACCACUCUCUCCCCAAUGGCUUCUGCUAGAUGUUGCAGCAGGAUUGGUCUUGUUCAUCUCCUUCUCCUUGCUCUUCUCCACAUCAGCACUCUUGUUGCAGUUGCCAGAACGAAUGUUUACAUUGUGUACAUGGGUGAAAGGCAGCAGCAGGACGAGCCCGACCUAGUUCAAGACUCCCACCAUGAGCUUGUGUCCAGUUUUGUUGGAAGCAAAGAAGCUGCAGAGGAAUCCAUUCUUUACAGCUACAAGCAUGGGUUCUCAGGGUUUGCUGCAGCCUUGACCAAGUCACAAGCCAAGCUUAUUGCAGAUUCCCCAGGAGUUGUUUGGGUGGCCAGAAACAGAAUCCUCACUACUCAGACAACAAGGAGCUGGGAUUAUCUGAAGGUAAAACCUGAGCUCCAGAAUGGGAUUGCUUCAAGAGGCCAUUCUGGAGCUGGCUCCAUUGUUGGUGUCAUGGACACAGGGAUAUGGCCAGAAUCAAAAAGCUUCGUAGAUGAUGGUAUGGCAGAGGCGCCAUCUCGUUGGAAAGGCAUUUGUCAGGAAGGACAAGGGUUCAAUACUUCUCACUGUAACAGGAAACUAAUCGGAGCACGUUGGUACAUAAAGGGCUACGAGGCCGAGUUCGGCAAAGUCGACACAGGCGACGGAGUGGAGUUCUUAUCCCCGAGAGACGCCGGCGGCCAUGGAACCCACACGUCAUCAACCGCAACCGGGCUUCCAGUCCAAGGCGCAAGCUUCAUGGGCCUGGCCCAAGGAACAUCCAGAGGCGGGGCCCCAUCAGCCUGGGUAGCAAUCUACAAGGUCUGCUGGGCUACAGGCGGAUGCAGCUCGGCCGACAUCCUCGCAGGAUUCGAUGACGCCAUCGCCGACGGCGUCGACGUGCUGUCCGUGUCGCUGGGGACAUCUCCGCCGCUGGCCUCUUACGUGGCCGAUCCCCUGGCGAUUGGGUCGUUCCACGCCGCCUGCCGUGGAAUCACCGUGGUUUGCUCCGGCGGUAAUUCUGGGCCUUACUCGCAGACCGUGAUUAAUACUGCUCCGUGGGUUGUCACCGUUGCAGCGAGUUCCGUUGAUCGGGAUUUCCCCGUCGUGAUCACUCUUGGGAAUGGAAGGACUGUUGUGGGGCAGGGUUUGUAUACAGGGAAGGAAGUGGAGGACUUUCACCCCAUUGUUUAUGGAGGAGACAUUGCUGCUGAUGAUUCUGAUCAAGAUAGUGCCAGGAGUUGUGAAUCGGGAAGCUUGAAUGCAACUCUAGCAAAGGGGAAAGUGAUACUGUGCUUCCAAUCUAGAUCACAAAGGUCAGCCACAGUUGCUCUAACAAUGGUGGAGGAUGUAGAAGCCAUCGGGCUAGUAUUUGCCAGGGUACCAACCAAGGAUGUGUCUUCAUGUUAUAGAGUCCCUUGUGCACAAGUGGAUUUCACCAUUGGGACAUCUCUACUCACUUACAUUGGAUCAAACACCAAACCUGUGGUGAAGUUUAGCUCCACAAAGACUGCAAUUGGCAGCCAGACUUCCCCGGAAAUAGCACUGUUCUCGUCGCGGGGACCCAGUUCCCUCUCCCCUGCCAUACUCAAGCCAGACAUAGCUGCUCCUGGAGUCAACAUCCUAGCAUCAUGGUCACCAUUUGCUUCUUCCAUUGAUGACCCACUGGACUUCAAGAUUGAGUCAGGAACUUCCAUGUCAUGCCCCCACAUUUCUGGGAUAGUUGCCCUAAUCAAAUCCAUCCACCCAACUUGGUCCCCUGCUGCAAUCAAGUCUGCCCUCAUCACAACAGCUUCAACACAAGAUGAAUAUGGUGAAACCUCCAUUGCAGAGGGAGCUCCAGAGAAGCUGGCUGACCCAUUCGACUAUGGUGGUGGACACAUCGACCCCAACAAGGCCAUGGAUCCCGGUCUAGUCUACGACAUGGGUCCUUCAGAUUACGUCAGGUUUCUCUGUGCCAUGGGAUACAACGACUCGGCAGUCAGCAGCAUGAGGCAGGGAGAGAAAACCCAAUGCCGUAAACCAGGAGCUGCUACCAACGACAUGAUGGAAAAUCUCAACGUGCCAUCCAUCACCAUCCCUGAGCUGAGGCAGAACCUGACCGUGACGAGAACUGUCACGAAUGUCGGUCCUGUGGAUUCGGUCUACAUUGCUAGAGUUCGUGCUCCAGAUGGGGUUCGUGUCACGGUGGAGCCAUCGAUCUUGGUGUUUGAUUCGCGUACGAAGAAGGUCGAGUUUUGGGUCACCUUUCAUGCCAAGAGGAUGAUCCAGGGGAGGUAUACAUUUGGACACUUGAUUUGGGAAGAUGGUUAUGGUGAUGAUGAUUCCUCAUCUCAUUCUGUUAGGAUUCCCUUGGUUGUGAGAACAGUGAUCGACUAUUCUUCCUAUGCUGAAACAUGACAUUUCCUCAGGCUUAUUGGCAAUGCAAUAAAUGGGCACCAAAACCCUUACAGAAAAAGUUAUUGCUGUUUGCCCGACUUUCCAUGUCCCUUUGCUCAGCUAUCUUGACUUUGUUGGUCUGAUCUUUGGACUAUCUUGGAGAAAAUGGAAAAUGGUGAUUCAUUUCUGCGCAUUACCUUGCCUGGAAAAGAAGGAUAGGAUAGAAAAGGGCCGAAAGAUCAUAUGGCAGGAAGUCCUGGUGGGUGUGGUUUGUGGACUGUGGAGUGUGAUAGGAGAUAUGAAAAGUGGCAAUCAAUUGCUUUCCAAAAGGGUAUGCGCCAAUUUUACAUAAAUGGUCACUAGCUUUGAGAUCCCUAACAAAUCGGACACAUAAAGAUGUUUACUGAACGCGAUUGUAAUUUGAAAUCACUUUGUUUGUUUUUCGUCUGAAUCGUGCAUGUUAAAAUGUUACUUCACCAAAUUUAAUGAUUUGGCUUCAUGUAACAGUAAUUGGAAUACGAAUAAGCAAAGAAUUUGAGUUCCAAUCCAUCGUUUUGAUAUAAGUGGCAAGUUAGCAUACCUAUUUGAACAGAUAAACAUAAUGAUUGUUAGUGACCAUAAUGUAUUGACCCAAAAGGAAUCUACCAAUAAAGUGCCUUGAUUUAAUAUUUGAUUUGCUGAAUGGAUCCUUCCUUCAAUUUAUCUCCUUCCCAACUUUGAAAUCCUUACCUAAAAAAGGAUCCUUGCCUGCCAACACUGGCCUUGAGAAGAGUAUCAAAGGGCAAAGAUAUGAAAAUGCUGAGCUGAGAAUUGAGAUGAAGAUGGGAUUUCUGGAAAUCAACCCCAAAAGCUCAGUGACUGUUCAGAAUUCAGAUUGUAUCAAUUCAAAGAGGUAGUUCAAAAUUUCAGUACCUAAAAGGUGGAUUUGUUCUGGGGAAUUAAAUCAAAGGACAAAAGAAGAUAUCAAUAGGUUUAAUGUUGCUAGUCAUUUUCAGCCAAGUGGGGUUCUAGAUAGUUUCAAGUUUCAACUAAUGGACACUGUUACUGAUGCAGCAUAUAGCAGAUGGGUGGAAUGCUUGGCAUAGUUAGGUGAACAACCCAUCUUUAUUACUUACCAAUAUGAAUGAAUUCUUUACUUGUGUAGAUGAUCUUUUCUUUCAUUAAAUAAAAGAGGGAGUCCACUGCUUUUACCUAAACUUCAGGCUGGCCUCAAGUUUGAAAGAACUGUGUAACCGAAACAUUUUAAAAAGUGGUUUGGUUUUUUUCCUAUUGAACUGUUGAGACCGGUCAAGCAAACACAAGGAAAUAUAUAAAUAUGCAUGCAGGCGAGGUUUAUGUGUUUCAGUUGAGACUUGAAAAAAUAAGUUAGGAGAUUCAAACCCAAACAGAAGAGCAUGGCCUGCUAGAACCUUACCCAGUGUGAUAUGUCUCGUAUUUGUUACAAGAUUUUUACGUGUUAUAGCUUGAAAGUUAAUAAGGAGGGUCCUACUAUAUGACUAGUUCUGCCUUUGUUUACGAAGAGUUGAUGCAAUCUUUGGGGUCGUUUGGAAGUUGCGAUUGUUAAAUAGAUGUAUUGUUGAGAAUGGAUGUAUAAUAUUAUACAUGUAUUGUCGAAUUUGAUGCAUUGUAGAAUACAACGUUUGGUAUGUG